UAGUAUUUGAGUCAAAUCGUCAAAUAAUUUGACUAUUUGUAGUUUGUUUUAACUUGUUUGCCGCUUAAUGGUGCAUUAAAUUAGUAACUGGUAUCUCCAAUAUGCAAACUUUUCUAAUUUUUUAAGUUGGCAGUUCUGGAUCUCUGCUGCUUCGGGAAGACAAAAUGUUUCGGUGUUAUCUGUUGGAAAAACUGAUUUAUGUGCAUCCGAAUUUCUUGAAGUUGUGGUAUAAUUUUGAAAAUCCGGAAAAAUCAGAGCCAUUUCGUUUGUCUCGGCACCUUCUACAGUGUCAGCUAGUAAAUCAUGUAUUGCAAGGAAUUGGUUUAGUGGUCAUCGUUACAGAUAUAUGGGACAUAAAAGACGAGUAUUUUGAUCCCGUAGAUGGUGGCAUUUUCGUGCGGGUUCGCUUCCGCUGCAAAGUGUACUCGCCAGUGCCGCGCUCCAUUAUGCAAGCUACCGUGGAAAAGAUCGAGCCGGAUGCAGUAAUCGUUAGGCAUUUGGGAUUGCCUUCCGUGCGGUUUCCCCUCUCCUCUCUGCAUCCGGAAACGCUCUUCAAUGCCGAACAGAAAUCGUUGGUGUGGAAGAAGACUCAAGUCGCACAGGCCGACGGCUCUGCCAAAUAUUUCGAGACCAAAGUGGGCGAUAAAGUGAAGUACCAAGUGGACAAGGUGGAAUACGAUGAACACAAGCGCAUUUCACCGGCAGAUUCCGACGCGUGGACCGUGCAUGCCAACAUGAAGACGGUGCCACUUGGACCCGUUCACUGGUACAGCACCUUCCACAAACACACUCCCGCUCCAGCCCAUGACCUCCUGAAAGAAGCUCUAAACAAACUUGAUCCUGACCAAUCGGAUAGGUUGCGGUUUUUGCGAAGUGUAUUGCCCAACCGGAAAUGAAAUUUGUUUUAAUACGGAUUCGUUGUUUUAUGAUUAUGUUAUUUUCGGCUUGCGCUGGCGAUAUGGCGUUGCAAUGGUUGCUCUAGUUUUAUUGUUGAAUUCCUUUUGCACAGAAAUGUUUGUAGUUCAAUUUUGUACACGGCUACAGUGGUAAAAGUGCAGAUCCACCAACAGUUCUACUAAAUCAACAAGCAAAUAGAAUUUUGUAUAGAAGUACAAAUAAAGAAUUAAAGAAAAAC